GGAAGGCUGCCAGGACCAAUGUGAGCUCGAGGCGGGCGGCGCAUCGGCGCUGAGCGGCAGUGGGAGCUGCCGGGAGUUGGAGCCUGCGGAGUUCGAGACCAUGCUGCUGUUCUGCCCCGGCUGCGGGAACGGGCUGAUCGUGGAGGAGGGACAACGCUGCCACCGCUUCGCCUGCAACACGUGUCCCUACGUGCACAACAUCACCCGCAAGGUAACAAAUCGGAAGUACCCAAAACUGAAAGAAGUGGAUGAUGUGCUUGGUGGAGCAGCUGCCUGGGAGAAUGUUGACUCUACUGCAGAGCCGUGUCCCAAAUGCGAACAUCCUCGUGCUUACUUCAUGCAGCUUCAGACCCGCUCUGCAGAUGAGCCGAUGACCACCUUCUACAAGUGCUGCAAUGCUCAGUGUGGACACCGCUGGAGGGAUUAGGGCCAGGAUGGCCCAGCUGCCCUAGUGUGUGCUUGCCUUGUCCCUCGGGGUAGAUGCUUAGCUGGCAGUAUGAGUCGUGUGUCCUGAGGGUCUCUGCUGGUGUGGUGGAAAGAUCAACCUUUUGAGGUGAAGAGCCGGGGGUCAGGAAAUAUGGCCUAUCUGCCAGGCAGGGUGGAUGAGGUCAUGAAUGUCUGGGAGUUCUUCUGUGUGGGGAGGAGACAGAGACCCGUAACUAAAUAUGCUCUGUGUAAAGUCCUAUUCUUUCAUCUUCCACUUUAUUGGCAGUUGACAUUCCCUUACUCCCAAUCAACACUCUUAAAUAUUUGUACUGUUUGUAAAACUUAGUACAUGUCCCAAAUAUUUAACUGUUACUUGUAAA